AUGCUCGCCUUCGCCAGACGUCGCCUCACAUCGGCACUCGCAUCCCGAAAGGUCGUCACUUAUGGCCUGCAGGGCGCGCGGAGGCAGCUCGACGCGGUGCGGCCAGUUCGACGACAGUUCAAUACCUUUUUGGCCUCGGGAUCGCUCCGACGACGAUACACGACGCCUUCUCCCGCGAUGUUAAGACUUAUGCACGUACGCGCCAUAUCAUACUCUUCAAUACCAAGAUUUGUCGCCCGUGCAUUCCGGGUGCCCAUCGCUGGUGCAACUAUCGGCGCAGGAGGGUUUGGGUAUGCCAACUACAAAUUUGAGGAGAUGAGAAAGACGACUGGAGCUUGGAUAAGCACUGCCCAAGAGACAGUCGGCGAUGCUUUCGAGACCGCUUCUGAGGGUAUCAACGCCGUCACUUCGCGUCUUUCCGCUCUCAAACUCCCCGAGAUCCCGACUGUCGAGGCCCCUCAAUUCCUCAAGACACUGUUUUCGGCGAAGGAGAAGGGGCAAGAAGAGGAGAGUAAGGAGGAAGACCAGGGCGAAUCCGAAGGCUCGAAUGGGCCGUCACCGAAGGAUGCCGCCGCGAUAGCUGCUCUUGUAGCUGCGACCAUGUCUUCACCUUCCGAUUCUAAAGACAAAUCCGACGAGCUGUCACCGGACUCACGACAGAAUGGUCUCAUGCAUCUCACACGCAAACUCAUCGAAAUUCGAAGUAUGCUUCUCAGCAUCGACCAGAGCGAUGCCCUCAAGCUGCCCAGUAUUGUCGUCAUUGGUAGUCAGAGCUCAGGCAAGAGUUCGGUGUUGGAGGCAAUUGUUGGCCAUGAAUUCCUUCCCAAAGGCAACAACAUGGUUACCCGACGGCCAAUUGAACUCACUCUCAUUCACACUCCAGCGAAGGACGGUAAAAGACCGGUGGAAUAUGGCGAGUUCCCUGGAUUGGGCAUGGGCAAAAUCACCAACUUCGCCGACAUCCAGCGAACCCUCACCGACCUCAACCUCGCCGUCCCCUCCUCCGAAUGCGUCUCAAACGACCCCAUUGACCUCCGGAUAUACUCUCCCAACGUACCCGACCUUACACUUAUUGACCUUCCUGGCUACGUCCAGAUCUCGUCCCUGGACCAGCCAGAGACUCUCAAGGAGAAGAUCGCGGGGCUCUGCGACAAGUACAUCCGGGAACCGAACAUCAUCCUGGCCGUUUGUGCCGCCGACGUCGAUUUGGCGAACUCGCCUGCACUACGGGCCAGCCGGAAAGUAGAUCCGCUGGGUUUGCGUACCAUUGGAGUCAUCACGAAGAUGGAUUUGGUGCCUGCGGAACAGGGUGCUGGCAUCCUGUCGGGAAACAAAUACCCCCUUCAUCUGGGCUAUGUCGGUGUCGUUGCCAAGGGUGCUGGCAAGAAGUCGAAUAGUAAAGACGACAAAGCCCUUGUCGCGCAACGUGGAGAGAGCGACUACUUUGGUGCCCACCGGGACGUCUUUGGUGCUCAACCAUCACUAAUGACGGGAACUGACACCCUGCGUCGUCGUCUCAUGGAGGUCCUCGAAUCCUCAAUGGCGUCGUCAUUACACGGCAUCACGAACGCUGUACAACUAGAGCUGGAGGAGGCGACGUACCAGUUCAAAGUGCAAUACAACGACCGUCGAAUCUCCGCCGAGUCGUACGUCGCAGAGACGAUGGACAUGCUCAAGCUACGGUUCAAAGAGUCAACGCAGCAGUUCCGCCGGCCGAUCAUCCGCGAGAAGCUCAAAGGCAUGCUCGAGGACAAGGUAAUGGACAUCCUCGAGCAGCUCUACUGGCUCGACAAGCGCUCGCCGGAGCUCGGCACACUCGCGCAGGACCCGAAGGUCAAGCCGGAGGACGUCGAGCCGUACUGGCGGCACAAGCUUGAGGCCGCCUCGUCGCUGCUCACCAAGUCGGGCGUCGGGAGGGACUCGACACUGCUCGUGGCGGACGGCCUGCGCAACCUGAUCGACUCAAUCGCUGCGAACGAGCCGUUCACGUUCCACCCGCGCGCCGCCGAGCGCCUAACGCAGUUCUCGCACAUGAUUCUGCGAGACCGCGUCGGGGUGACGUCGGACCAGGUGGAGAACUGCAUCAAGCCGUUCAAGUAUGAGGUCGAGGUCGAGCCGCGUGAGUGGGAGGUCGGACGUGAACGUGCGGCGGCGAUGUUCGAGCAUGAGGUGGAGAUGUGCGAGCAGAAGCUGAGAGAGAUCAAGAAGAAGGUUGGUGGAGGGAGGAGGUUGAAUGCUCUGAUGGGCUAUGUGAAGACCUUGGAGGAGAAGCAGCGAGAGAAGGCGCUCAAGAGGGCAGAAAUUGGCCCCGACGGCGAACAGGAACCGGAGGAGACACCAGAAUCAUAUCGGUACCCCCCAGCCCAAAUCAUGGAUGCUCGAUAUGCGUCAAUGUACACCGACCGACUAAGCAUCCUCAAGCUGCGCAUUAUGGCACUCAAGUCCAAAAGAUGUCGCGCUGGCCCACAAAGCGAGGUGUUCUGUCCCGAAGCCUUCCUCAACGUCGUCGCCGACAAACUAGCAUACACUUCCGCCAUGUUCAUCAACAUCGAGCUGCUCGACCAAUUCUUCUACCAGUUCCCUCGUGAAAUCGACUCCCGCCUGCUAUACGAUCUCGACCGGAAAGAGAUCGUCGAAUUUGCGCGUGAAAAUCCUGUCGUCCGGCGGCAUCUUGACCUACAAGAAAGGAAAGACAAACUAGAGGAAGUUAUGAAGCAGCUGAACAGCCUAUCAACGCUGCGUGCAGAUCCUCAACCUGCUCCUCGUCGACAUCGCGGGCUCUUCGGUAGUGUCUUCUGA